UAUUCGACGGAAAUCUUACAAAUCUUUCCAUUUUCGUAUCAGGGGGGAUUGUGCAGGGGAAGGGUAGCAGCGCAAACGGAGUGACCCAUCAUCACGACGCGAGCAUGGCCGUCGGAUUGCCCUGUGACAGCAUCCUGUUGAUUGUAGCCCUCUGUUUCUUCUCGCUCUUUGGGGGCAUCACCAUUGGAAUCGCAGGACCAAAGGCAGGUGCGCGGAAAGCCAUGUGGAUCAUUUCCCCACAAGGAAUAUUUGCAGCAAUUGCAAUGGGCAUCGCCCUCCUAAGGAUGAUGCCCAACAGGCCUCUCUUGUUGUGUGCUGUAUACGCAUUUGCUUUUGCGAUUGUGAUCUCGAGCCCGAUCGGCAUGGCCAUAGGGAUCAUAGUAGACCCAACAGCGCAGGGUGCGGUUGCGGGUUGGAUCUUCAACUUCUUCAUGGGUCUGGCUCCCGGCGUGUUCUGGUAUGUCUUUUCAAAGCUCUCGCUUUCCAGACAGUACAUGCCUAUUCAUAAGUUCUUGGCCAAGAUGCUUCGGGUUGGGGUGAAUGCGGUCUUGGUUAUCUGGGAUGCCUUCGGAUGCUCCGCCAUUGAGUACUUAUAAGGGAGAAAAGAGAAACAAACACCAUGGU